CGAGACCACGAUCGGGGUCUCUACGCGCCCGGACAGCUCUGGCUCCAGCACAAGGACAUCGUAGGCCGCGCCAAAGGGUACGUGCCGUACGUUGGUUACGUCACUAUAGUUAUGAACGAUUACCCCAAACUUAAGUAUGCGGUGUUGGGCUGUUUGGGUCUAUUUGUUUUGGCGCACCGGGAGUGACACCCCUCCACCCCCUAGUGUCCACCGUUUGUGCCGAGUGUUCACCCAUUGGUUGCGAAGUCAACCAUUUGUCUCCACCCCUUGUGUUAAUUAAUUAGUAAUUUAUUGAUGAAAAAAAUUAAUUUAUUAUAAAAAAUGUUUCGCAAAUACAAGUGUUUAUAUGAAUAACCAUUUUUUGCCAC